AUGAAGUUCGCCGAGCAUCUUGCUGCCCAUAUAACGCCAGAAUGGCGCAAGCAGUACAUACAGUACGAGGAGAUGAAGGCUCAAUUGUAUGCAGCAGUAGAGCAAUCGCCCUCUGCGGAGCUGGUUGAUCCAGAGGUGCUCACUCGCUAUUUCGCCAAGUUCGACGAACAAUUUUUCCACUACUGUGAUAGCGAGUUGGCAAAAAUUAACACCUUCUAUUCUGAGAAACUAGCAGAAGCGACCCGAAAAUUUGCCAACCUUCGGACGGAGUUGAGUGAAACGCUCGAGAUGGAAGAGGGCACGCGGAAAAAGAACAAGGAUAACCUGCACAAAAUGAAAAAGAAUCUGCUGCGCAAAAAGAACGUGUCAGUGCGCAAGAUCCAGGAGCUUAAACUCGCAUUUAGUGAGUUUUAUCUGAGCUUGAUUCUGCUUCAAAAUUAUCAGAACCUCAACUUCACCGGUUUCCGAAAGAUUCUCAAGAAACACGAUAAACUGUUGAACGUCGACUUUGGGGCACGAUGGCGCGCCGAGCACGUUGAAUCCGCGCACUUCUACGUCAACAAGGACAUCGACCGGCUGAUCCAUGAGACGGAAAACAUUGUGACGAACGAGAUCGAAGGUGGCGACCGGCAAAGGGCCAUGAAGCGACUGCGAGUGCCUCCUCUGGGCGAGCAGCAGAGCCCAUGGACCACGUUCAAGGUUGGGCUUUUCUCAGGAUCACUCAUAGUGCUGUGUGUGGCUGUUGUUCUGUCCGCCAUGUUCCACGUGCGGCGGGACGAUUGGAUUGUCGCGUUCCGCUUGUUCCGUGGGCCAUUGCUAAUCGUAGAGUUUAUGUUCCUGUGGGGCAUAAACGUGUAUGGAUGGCGCUCAUCCGGCGUAAACCACGUGCUAAUCUUUGAGUUAGAUCCUCGGAACCACCUGUCUGAGCAGCAUAUUAUGGAGCUGGCGUCCAUUUUUGGUGUCGUCUGGACGAUGAGUGUGUUGGGAUAUCUGUACGCCGACGCGUUGGCCAUACCGGCGUACCUGAGCCCGUUAAUACUCUAUCUGUUAAUGGCCGGUUUUUUGCUCAAUCCAACGAAAACCUUCCGUCACGAGGCGCGCUUCUGGACGCUCCGGAUCCUCAGCCGAAUCAUGUUGGCACCGUUUUUCUAUGUGAACUUUGCCGAUUUCUGGCUGGCGGAUCAGCUGAACAGUAUCGUACCGGCAUUCCUGGAUCUGCAGUAUUUUCUGUGCUUUUUCUCCACCAUAAGCAAUUGGAGCUACGCGGAAGAACCGAACCAGUGCAUCAAUAACUCACUUUGGAUACGGCCGGUCGUCGCGAUGCUGCCUGCAUGGUUCCGAAUGGCGCAAUGUCUUCGGCGAUUCCGGGAUACUCGGGACGCGCAUCCACAUCUCGCAAACGCCCUUAAGUAUUCGACGUCGUUCUUCGUUGUUAUAUUUUCAUCGAUAACCCAGGCGACUCGUGACCAGUACGCAAAAAGCUCAGACAAUCCGUGGUUUUACUUGUGGAUCAUCGCGGCCAUCGUAUCGUCAUGUUACUCGUACACUUGGGAUAUCAAGAUGGAUUGGGGAUUGUUCGAUUCGAAGUCCAGCGACAACAAGUUUCUGCGAGACGAGAUCGUCUACAGCUCGAACUGGUUCUACUACUUUGCAAUUGUUGAAGAUCUGAUAUUACGCUUCGGCUGGACACUUUCGAUGAGCCUAAUCGAAAUGGGGUAUAUCGACCGCGAAAUCAUCGUAUCCAUCCUUAGCCCGUUGGAGGUGUUCCGGCGCUUUAUCUGGAACUACUUUCGGUUGGAGAACGAGCAUCUCAAUAACUGCGGUAACUUCCGUGCCGUUCGAGACAUUUCUGUUGCACCAAUGGAUUGUUCCGACCAGACAACCAUACUGCGCAUGAUGGACGAGGAGGAUGGCGUUCGAAAUCGGCGAACGGUCAAGAAGGUGCCAAAUAAAAAGAAGUCCGAGCAGCGUCUGCUUCUACGCGAAGCGGAAUCCACGGAAGAUUUGGAAAUCAGCGACCAACCGAAAAAGAGGGUCCAGUGGGUAAUUUAGCGAAUUGGCAAACAGGUGUGCGAAGGAUUCGAAAGCCCGAGUACUCCUAAACCGGAAAUGGUAGGCUAAUGAAGGCACGUGGUUCAAGAGUUAUCAGCUGCAACAAAUCACAUCGGCUAGUGGUAAUGUACUAAAUUAUGAUUUGAACGAAACUCACGAUUAUUGUGUAUUGACGACACUGCCGUUCAAUGGCACAUUGUGAAAUCUUUGCCAAAAAGAAAAUUGAUCAUACAUACAACAGUAGUAUUUAUUUCAAAGUUAACCUGGCGAAAGCCAAAAGCAA